AUGAGUCAUUAUCACAGGAACUUUCUUUUAAUAAUACAUUGGUAUUUGCUUCUAAAUUGCUGGCAAUUAGGAUCGUGCGAUGAGGUUAAGGGAAGGGAAUCUGGAACCAAGACUCACGUCAUUAAUUUCAAUAUCACAGGUUCUUUAAAUCAACAAAAUAGAAGGAUAAUAUUAAUUAACGGUCGUUCAGAUACUUAUGGCCCUACCAUUGUUGUAAAUUCUGGAGAUUCUUUAAACUUAUGUGUUACAAAUUCAUUGUGUAAUACUGAACAAUUACAAAUUGCCGAAACAGAUACCUUAUGGAAUGAAUAUUGCUCAACGUCAGUUCAUUUCCAUGGUCUGAUCCCAAUAGGUAUAUCGAACGAUGGUGUUCCUGGAUUAACUCAAGAUCCUAUUAAGAGUGGUGAAAAAUAUUGGUAUAAUUUUACUAUUCCUGAGGAAACAUGCGGAACAUUUUGGUAUCAUUCACAUUCCUCUGUACAGUAUGGUGAUGGUUUAAGGGGGUUGUUUAUAAUAAAGUGUGAUAAAUAUGACAGCUUAAAGUAUGAAAUAAUCAAUUCACUGGAAGAAAUGAAUGAAAUUAAAAGCAAUGAGGUUUUACCGCUACUGGACAAUGUUCCAAGCGCCCAUAUUGAUGAUAAGAUCAUUAAAGAACAGACCAUAACUUUGAGUGAUUGGUAUCAUUCCUCCCAAUUAGAUAUACUUAAGGAUCAAGUUCUAACUCAACAGGGUACAAAUGAUCCACGUUUAGAUGGCUCACUAAUCAAUGGGAUUGAAUCUUCAGGUCUUACAGUCGAACUUGACAGAUCAACUAAGUAUCUUCUAUUAAGAAUAUUAAACUCAGGAACUUCAGGUACACAAGUUUUUCAUUUAGAAAAUCAUCAGUUGAUAAUUAUGGAAACUGAUGGUUCUCUUAUUACACCAUAUGUCAUAGAUACUUUGACACUUGCAGUUGGACAAAGAUACACUGUACUCGUAAAAUUGCAAGAGGAUGGUGAUGUACCCGUGAGAGGUAUUAAUGGCUGUAAUAAGAUGAUGGGGUAUAUCACGAAAAAUAUAUGGUUUACAAAGGAUAAGAAUAAUUCGUCUUUCAAAGCAACAAAACAGGAGGCAGAAUAUGAUAAUAUAAGAAUCAAACAUUUGAAAGGUUUCAACAAUUAUGAAGUAUAUAAAGAAUUUAUUCCGUUGGAGGAAACAAAGCUUUGGGAAAAUCCAAUAGAUAAUAUCGAGUUAGAUUACGAUUACUUUAGUGAUAGUAAUACAGUUGAUAAAUAUGGAUCAGGGAUGUAUAAAGUUAAUGGGAAGACAAUACAAGAAUAUUUCAAAACGCCGAUUAAGAUCAAUAACUCUGCGAAGGAUCAGGUUGUUGAGUUGGUUAUCAAUUCAAUUGAUCACAUGAGACAUCCAUGGCACUUGCAUGGUCAUAACUUUCAAUUGAUAUCCAUAGGAACUGGAGGUGAAGGUCCAUUACAUUUACGCUCCGAAGUUUCCAUGACAAAGGCAUUGCAAAAAUAUAACGGAGAUUUAGAGUAUUGGAAAAGUGCAAAACGAUCUCCUGUGAUUAGGGAUAGUAUCAAUAUACCAGGGAACUCUUUUGCAGUGAUCAGGUUUAAAACCCACCAGACAGGAAAUUGGUUACUCCACUGUCAUGUUGAGUGGCACGUAGCAAAGGGACUAGGUGCUGUUCUCCAAAUUGAAGAUGGAAACAGAACCACAAGUAUCAUCGAUAGGCCAACUCAAGAUACUUAUAAUGUUAAUGAAGAUGAAGGCUCUGUGGAUUCAACAAAAGUAAUCGUGUAUCCACAUAGAAUACCUGCUCUUGUAAUAUAUUUCCUAAUAAUGUGUGCAAUAAACGCAAUUCUAUAUAGAUGGUUAUCAAGGAAAUAA